UCCUGGGCGCUGAGAGGGGCGGGCCGGGGCGCGGCCGAGCGGCGGGGGCCGAGCCCGAGGAAGAGGAAGUCCGAGCCCAAGCGGCGGUGCGGGGCGCUCGGCGGGCGCCCGAGCCGGAGCCGGAGCCGGAGCCGCAGCCGGAGCCAGCGCUGCGCAGUCGCCACUUCCCGGACCGAACCUGCGUGCGCGGCCCCCGAUGCGGGGCGCCCCUCUCCCGGUGAAGACGGACAUUAGGAGUCUCUGGGUGACCGCACUGAAAAGGCUUCCUUCAGCUACAAAAAUGUCCACCCGUCGCGUCUUGAGGCGCCAUCAGCUGUAACUGAAGAUCCAGACCCCAAGACCAUCACAGCCAAGUACUCCCAGCCCCACGAACCGAAGACCAUGGAGCUCUCGGACAGCGACCGCCCAGUCAGCUUCGGCUCCACGUCAUCCUCCGCUUCCUCCCGGGACAGCCACGGUUCCUUCGGCAGCCGAACGACCUUAGUUUCCAACAGCCACUUGGGCUUGUUUCCCCAGGAUAAGGAAGCGGGGGCCAUAAAGCUGGAGCUGAUUCCAGCCAGGCCGUUUUCCAGCAGCGAGCUGCAGAGGGAGAGCCUGGCCGGGCAACAGCACGCAGACGCGGGCAGCGGCGAGAGGCAGCCCCGGACUCCGCGGAGAGCAGAGGCCCACGGGGCCACCGAAACGAGUGCGGAGUCGGCCAACAGCCCCAAGCUCCUCUACGUGGACAGAGUUGUUCAGGAAAUCCUGGAGACCGAACGGACUUACGUGCAAGAUUUAAAAAGCAUCGUAGAGGAUUACCUUGACUGCAUCAGGGACCAAACGAAACUCCCUCUGGGGACCGAAGAAAGAUCAGCCCUUUUUGGAAACAUACAAGAUAUCUACCACUUCAAUAGUGAACUUCUGCAAGAUUUGGAAAACUGUGAGAAUGACCCUGUGGCCAUAGCAGAAUGUUUUGUGUCCAAGAGCGAAGAGUUCCACAUUUACACGCAGUACUGCACGAACUACCCGAGAUCUGUGGCUGUGCUAACGGACUGCAUGAGGAACAAGACCCUGGCCAAGUUCUUCAGGGAGCGUCAGGAAACUCUGAAACACUCACUGCCCCUGGGGUCCUAUCUCCUGAAGCCAGUUCAGCGGAUCCUCAAGUAUCACCUCCUUCUGCACGAAAUAGAAAACCACCUCGACAAGGACACAGACGGCUACGACGUGGUGCUGGACGCCAUCGACACGAUGCAGCGGGUCGCCUGGCACAUCAACGACAUGAAGCGGAAACACGAGCACGCGAUCCGGCUGCAGGAGAUCCAGAGUUUGCUCACUAACUGGAAGGGGCCCGACCUGACCAGCUACGGGGAGCUGGUGCUCGAAGGGACCUUCCGCCUCCAGCGGGCCAAGAACGAGCGGACCCUCUUCCUCUUCGACAAGCUGCUUCUCAUCACGAAGAAGCGAGACGACACGUUUACGUACAAAGCUCACAUCCUGUGUGGCAACCUCAUGCUUGUGGAGGUGAUCCCCAAGGAGCCGCUCAGCUUCAGCGUCUUCCACUACAAGAACCCCAAGCUGCAGCACACGGUUCAGGCGAAGUCGCAGCAGGACAAACGCCUGUGGAUUCUGCACCUGAAGAGGCUGAUCCUGGAGAAUCACGCGGCCAAGAUUCCGGCGAAGGCCAAGCAAGCAAUACUUGAAAUGGAUGCCAUUCAUUAUCCAGGCUUCUGUUACAGCCCUGAGGGGGAGGCGAAAGCACUUUCCACUCCCUACCGGCCGAGGAGAAAAUCCGAACCUUCCUCAAGAUCACAUAAAGUUUUGAAGACCAGUGGAACAGCACAAGACAUCCAAAAGGUGUCCAGAGAGCAGCGGUCUCCCCAGCGGACUUUGGCAGCGCCGUCUCCGGCCCAGAGGAGCAGUCAGGCCGGCGGUCCUGCCAUCCUCAGCGUGCUUCGCGGGGGUGGCGCCGUCAGAAACAUCUGGACGGACCACCAGAUCAGGCAGGCCCUGUUUCCCAGUCGACGGUCCCCACAGGAGCACGAGGAUGAUGAAGAUGAUUACCAGAUGUUCGUGCCAUCCUUUUCCUCUUCGGACUUGAACUCGACCAGGCUGUGUGAAGACGGCACUUCGAGUCGCCCUUGCAGUUGGCACAUGGGACAGAUUGAGUGCACGGAGACCACCAGUGCCGGCCACAGGGUCGUCAGGCGAGCUAGCAGUGCCGGCGAGAGCAACACGUGCCCUCCCGAAAUACGAAUCAGGGACAGCGAUGGCUCUCCGUACAGUCCCCGCAGGGAACUGCAGAACGGCCCUAACACUGAAGGGCAGGACGCAAUGACUCCUUUUGGGUCGUCUAUAGAGUUGACCCUUGAUGACAUAGACCACGUCUAUGACAACAUAAGUUACGAGGACUUGAAAGUCAUGGUCGCUAAACGGGAAGAAGCUGAAUCCACUCCCCCGAAGUCAACCAGGGACUCUGUCCGACCCAAGAGCACCCCGGAGCUGGCCUUCUCGAAAAGCCUCGCUGGCCACGGGAAGAGCUCUGCGAACGCAGACAGAGACCCACCUCUGACAGGGCGAGAGGCGGCCAAGCAAAGCACCCAGGACCUCGAGGCGGUGGAGGAGAACAUCUACGACACCAUCCGGCUCCCGGACCCGCCCUCGCUGGGCUUCACGUGCAGCAGCCUGCAGCGUCCCAAGAGGAGCACCUUCUUGGGUCUGGACGCCGACUUCGCCUGCUGCGACAGCCUGAGGCCCUUCGUGUCCCAGGACAGCCUGCAGUUCAGCGAGGACGAGACGCCCAGCCGCCCGGGCCCCUCCGACAGCAACGACUACCUGAGUCUGCUGUACAACUCUUUCAGCUGCAACUUGCCUCUCGCCGACCAGUCUCUAUCGGACAGGCUGUCCGAAGAAGUGGACGAAAUCUGGAAUGACCUGGAGAAUUACAUCAAGAAAAACGAAGUCAAGGCGAGAGACCGGCUCCUCGCAGCCUUCCCCGUGGGCAAAGACGACGACGUGCAGGAGCGGCGGCUCGCCGAGAGCACGCCCGAGCUGAGCCGGGACGCGGGCCGGGCACUGUCCACGCUCUCGCUCCCCGAGCGCCAGGCCCUCCUCACGCCCCUGCAGCCGGACAGGCCCGGCAGAGCCAGCCGGGCCAGCUGCCCCCUGGACGAAGACCUCCUGUCCAAAGAGGGCUCCUUCCUGAGCCUGAACCCGCUCCCGCUGGCCAGCGAAGCGCCUCCCGUGGAGAACCCCUACGACCUGGCCAACAGCAGCCUGUCCCAGACUGACCUGGACAUCCCGGACCCCGGGGCAGACGCCACGGACAAGACCAGAAGCAGAGUGUUUAUGAUGGCCAGGCAGUACAGUCAGAAGAUCAAGAAGGCGAACCAGCUGCUGAAAGUGAAGAGCCCCGAGCUGGAGCAGCCGCCGGCCGGCCAGCAGCAGAAGCCUGCGCCCAAAGACCUGGCAGCCAUCCUGGAAGACAAGAAGCAAGGAGGGCCGGCCAUCGGUGCCAGGAUUGCUGAGUAUUCCCAGCUGUAUGACCAGAUUGUAUUCAGAGAGUCGCCCUUUAAGACUCCGAAGGACGGCUGGGCCAGCCCUCGAGGAUCCCCCAACCUCAGAACUGCGUCACCUUCCCGGACCCAGCGCGGGAAGGAGGACUGGCUUUUGCAUUCAACGUACAGUAAUGGAGAAUUAGCAGAUUUCUGUCCUCCGCCGGAGCAAACCCCGAAGCCGAAAUACCCCACGCUGGAGAUCCACACCAAGAGCACUCCCAGACACCUGUCCCCGGCUUGCUCGGUGCCUUCCCUUCAGACGUCUGACCGCCCGCUGGGCACCCUGCAGAGACACAGCGUGGUGGUCAGCCAGCCCAACAAAGAGAGCGCAUGUCAGGGCCACCUGUAUAACUCCCUGGGCCGGAAAGGGGUCAGCGCCAAAGCCCAGCCUUACAGCAGGUCCCAGUCGUCAUCCUCCAUCCUGAUAAACAAGUCAGUGGAUUCCAUCAGCUACCCCCAGGAGACGGGGAGCAAGCAGCUGGCGUCUGUACACAGAAGCUCCAGGUGUGAGAGCCACCAGGAGCUGCUGCCGGGCGUGGGCGACUGCUGUCCGCAGGGGCCUGGGAAACGCUCAGACCUCACUCUCCAAGACUCACAGAAAGUUCUGGUCGUAAAUCGAAAUUUACCCUUAAAUGCGCAAAUAGCCACCCAGAACUAUUUUUCCAACUUCAAAGAGACGGAAGGAGACGACGAUGACUACGUGGAAAUCAAGUCCGAGGAGGACGAGUCGGAGUUGGAGGCGUCCCACAGCCGCAGAAGGAAGCCGGACCCGGAGGCGGCGGACGCGGGCCUCCCCGACGGUGUCCGCCGCCAGGACGCGCCUUACUCCGUGCACAGUCCGAGCACUGCAAAAAGGCCGGUGAGUGGCCGGCUGGGCGUGUCGCCCUUCCUGACACCGUACGGCGAUUCCGACAAACUGAACGACUACCUUUGGAGGAGUCCGUCUCCCAAUCAGCAGAACAUCGUCCAGAGCCUGCGGGAGAAAUUCCAGUGUCUUAGUUCCAGCAGCUUUGCCUAGGGCUCUCAGCAGGGGCCGCCCGCCCGAACUGACUCCCUCCCGCACACACGAGUCCCGCAGCCUGGCGGGCGUUUUCUAUGCACCGGACUGAACACUUUUGUAACCGCCAGAGGUGUAAAUAGAUGUACUGCCUCCCACAGCACAAGUCUCCCACCGGCCGAUGAGCCGGCCUGGGCUGUACUGUAGCCCUGUCAGCGUCGCUCUGUUUUCUGAUGCUGGUCGUCUUCGCGGUUCACGGGCGUCGGUCUUACUUGAAAAUGUCUAGGUUUUC